GGCGCGCCCGCUGCGACGUUGCGGAGGCUUCAAGAUGGCGGAAGCCCUGACAACUCAGGAGCAGCUGGCUGUGGAGGAGUUCCUGGGUGAGGUGCGUAGCAGGGAGCAGCCUCACAGCGCUGGGCUCGUGUCCCAACCAACAGCUGUAAAGUUUCUUAUGGCCCGCAAGUUUGACGUCUCCAGAGCCAUCGACCUCUUCCAAGCAUACAAGAACACAAGAAUCAAAGAGGGCAUCAUCAAUAUCAACCCUGACGAGGAGCCGCUACGCUCUGAGUUGCUGAGCGGAAAAUUCACAGUCCUGCCUGGCCGUGAUGCAAAGGGUGCCGCUCUAGCGCUCUUCACUGCCCGUCUCCAUCGGCCAGACGUCACCACCCACAAAGCUGUGCUGCAGGCCAUCAUCUAUCAGCUGGACAAAGCCAUAGAGAGUAUACAAACUCAAAGAGACGGACUCAUAUUUAUCUACGAUAUGACCAACUCCAGCUAUGGUAACUUUGACUAUGAGCUCUGUGUCAAGAUCCUCAAUUUGCUCAAGGGGGCGUUUCCAGCUCGUCUAAAAUGUGUCUUCAUUGUGUCAUCGCCUCUUUGGUUUCGUGCACCUUUCGCGGUCCUUCGCCUAUUUGUGCGCGAGAAGCUGAGAGAACGGGUGUGCACAGUGAAAGCUCACGAGUUGGCCAGUCACAUCCCAGUCUCCUCCCUCCCUGAACACCUGGGUGGGACAUCCCAGUAUAGCCACGUGGCUUGGAUCCAGUCCUGUGUUAACACACACACAAACACUGUUCAGGGUGACACACAAGAACACGACACACAUGACUGUGUGGGAAGCCUGCUGCGCUCCUACAGCUUAGAGUGCAGCAACACAAGCGCAGGCGCUACACUGUCCCACACCCAUAUAAACACACAGUUAGGUUCCGAGCUAGGCGUGGCUAACUCAAACUGCUACGAUGAUAGCAAUGCUAACCCACACAAUCACUGCAGUGUGGCAGAGGGCAGGACUCGAGGCCAAGGACAGUACCAGCAGAGCCCCCAGUCUGCUGCAAACAGGCCGCAGGGGAACCACCAACACUGGAACGGCUCGGCAGUGAGCGGGGCCAACAUGGUCGUUAGUGGCUCGAGCCCCAAUGCUAACAUGAACGGUCGUGGCCGCCAAGCCCCUCCCCAGUCAGACACGCCCCCUGACACACCGCUUUCCCAGAAAGGUGAUGGGGAUGCGGUCGACGGAAAGGCAACAGACUCUGCCCACAUGUCUCAGAAUGAUGACGUAAAGGAGGAAGAGGAGGAGGAGGAGGAGGAGGAGGAGGAUGGCGAGGGAGAGGAAGGGGUGCCUCCAUUGCCUCAGAAAUCUUUGCCCCGCCCUCCCCACCAGCCCUCCUCCCAGUCCCCGCCCCUGUCUUCAUCAUGGGGUCCCGAUGAUGAGGAUAGCUGCAUGGAAGUGUCUGUUCACAUGCCAGAGCAGGGAGGCAUGACGGUGCAUGAUCUGGUGGAACAUGUGAAGAGAAAGAAGAAGAAGGGGAUUUACCAGGAGUACGAGGAAAUCCGGAAGGAGCCACCAGCAGGCACCUUUGACUACUCUAAAAAACUGUCCAAUCAGAUAAAGAACAGGUACAGUGAUGUUCUCUGCCUGGACCAGUCACGAGUGCGACUCUGCCAGCUCUGUGAUGACGAGGAUGAGACAUCAGAUUACAUUAAUGCCAGUUUCAUGGAUGGGUACAAGAGGAAUAAUGCCUACAUCGCAACUCAGGGUCCUUUGCCAAAAACUUUUGGUGACUUCUGGCGCAUGGUGUGGGAACAGAUGGUACUUAUCAUUGUCAUGACCACCAGGGUGGUUGAGCGUGGGAGGGUCAAGUGCGGUCAGUACUGGCCUCUUGAGGAGGGCAGGACUGAGCAGUACGGAUACUUCUUAGUUAGGAACACACACAUCCAGGUGUUUCAGGACUUCAAACUCUCCCAUCUUGAACUUUACAACACACAGUCUGGAGAGAGACGGGAGGUGUGCCACUACCUCUAUGUCAGCUGGCCAGAUUUCGGAGUACCCAAAAGUGCUUCUGCAAUGUUGGACUUUCGUGAGCAUGUACUUCAGAAGAGGGAGGCUGCAGUCCGGAGCCUGGGCUCUAGUUGGACGGGGCCUCCAGGGGGCCCCCCUGUGGUUGUGCACUGCAGUGCUGGCAUUGGCCGCACAGGCACGUUCUGUACACUGGACAUCUGCCUGUCCCGGCUGGAGGACAUCGCCACAGUAGAUGUCCGUCAGACGGUGCGGCGGAUGCGUACGCAGAGGGCUUUUAGCAUCCAGACCUGGGACCAGUACUACUUCUGCUACACAGCAGUCAUCGAGUAUGCCCAGCGCCACGGGAAACUGAGCCCAGUGCAGUGGUCUGACUCGGACCUAGAGACUGACAGCGAGUGAGUGACACACAGAGGGACAGAAAAACGAAUGGGAUAGCCAACCUAAGCCGAAGUCAUAGGAACGAAAGAGUGAGGAGUGACGUUUCAGAGAAGAGGAGGGAGAUGACUCUUCUGCCAUAAAAGAGAAGAGACAAAGGAUGGAGAUGUUGUUUUGGCUUCUGACGUAAUGACACAGACUCCCACAAUCACUCUUCCGUCAUAUGAAUGAAUCGAUGGAAGAGGUAAAGAGCUGGAGGGAAAAAAAACAGGGAGUGGAGACUGUGUCACCGAUUGAGCAAGCUGUCCUGCCAAUUUCCGAGCCCCUUUUUAUUUAGCAAACUACAGGGGGACUUGGCCUGCCCUGAACCUGUCUUGUUGACAAGAGAGUUGUACGAGUUGUAGCAUUUUUAUAUUGACUUGCACAUGAGGAAUGACAAACUUGAACUGUACCCCUUGACACCCUCCAAACCCCAGUCUUUGUUCUUUUGUAUUUCUUGUUCCUUUUCAACCCUGAACAAGUCUGUGAUCACAGAUAAAAAGUGAGGGGGAUGAAAAGAUGAAACUUGAAAACAUUUUUUGUUUGUGUUUUUUUUAUUUUUUUGAGAGGAAAUGGCUGUGUGUGAGCAAAUGGUCGUAAGUGACAGUAGAUCAGUGUGUGAGCCAUUUAGUCCAUUUCCGUUUUUUUUUUUCCUCCCUUUAUUUUCCAUGUCCUUUUUUUCUAUGGUGCAUUUUCUACGUGUGUUUCAUAUUUGUGCAUAUGUAGACUAACUUUUCAAAGCCAAAGUCCUCACCCUGAAUGCUUGGAUGUACUCCUUACUGAGAUAUUAUAGACUGAAGCCCAUGUAUAUUCUUGUAACAUACAUUUAUACGUUAUUGUGCAUAAUAACAACCUCUGAAAGAAGAGCAAAAAAAAAAAAAAAACAAUAUAAUAUAAUUGACUUAACCGUGAGAAGAAAUAUCUAUGUAGCGAGCCAGGCUAUGACAAAAUACAGAAAAGUGUUCUGGUAUUAAAAACUGAUAUCGUA